AUGACCCGCAAAGGAAGCGGUCAAGGCAAUCGUCGCCCGACCGGCAAGCGCUCCGGACCGCCUUCGCCCGCUCCUGCCAAUGCCGCAUUGCCAGGCCAGGAGCCGGCUUCGGAAGGCGAGCGCAAGAUACAAGACAUCCUUUCCGAUCUCCGGCAGACUUCAGAUGGCCAGACGGACUCACGGCACCGCAAGAACGCCUCGACUGCUUCCAAUGCUUCAGCUAGCGCCAGCCCAGCCAAAAAUCGCGCCAAUCAUGCCGUGCCUGGUCACCGCAAAGGUGCAGGUUCGACAUCUAGCAUCGGCUCUGCUCCGUCUACUUCACGCUACAGUCGUACGACCGACAAUCAGACCUUGUACUCUACCGCGCAGAUUGCAAACCCACCUCCCGAACCGGUUCUGGCCAAUCAGUCUACGCUCAACCCGAGUGCAGGUGGCUUUCAACCCGGCUUACAUUCGCUGGAAGAAGUCGAUCGGGAAGUUCUCCUGACGCCGGUCACGGGUCAUUUCAAGUCCACUACCAUCACACCGUCGCACGGCUCGCAAUACGAUGGUAUUGCCGAGCUUGCGCAUCAGAUACCUGCACAUGCAUCCGCUGGCGAGUAUGCAGAGAUGCAGCAACAGUUCCAUCAGCAGCAGCAGCUCCAGAAUCACUUCCAGCAACUCCAACAGCUCCAGAACAUGCAGGCUAUGGGCACACUGUCGCCUACCCAAAUGAUCGAGAUGCAAUCGAACUUGCUAUCGCAGAUGCAAGUUGCGCUGAUGGGCCAGAACGGUCGCGCCGCACCGCCGCCUGUGCUCGCGCAGGCUCCGCCUUCCGAAAGCGUGAAUGAUCUCGUCGCAGAGCAGAUGGCCAUUACAGCCCAGCUCGAAAAUCUCAGAGCACAGCAAGACGCACUGAUCGCCCGCUUCGGCGAUGUUGCCAUCUCUGGCGGCCAAGUCCCGACGGGCAGCGCGUCCGCACAACCGCGCGGACCAGCUCCUCUUCAUGGAAGCCAUCGUCGGCAUCAGAGUCAGCAAGUCACUGGUACGGCUGCGUCUAAUUUUGCUGCCUCGCCAGCGGCCUCCUUCGGCGCAGGCGCAAUGGGUAGCAUCGGCGCAGGUCAGAGUCUCUCGACGAAUCGCACUGGUCACGGCAGGCGCCAUAGCGCCAACCUCGCUAGCCGACCUGCGACUGGAACCGUUGCAAAUGGUGCAGGUCACACAUCGCAAAGUUCAGUGGGCUCGAUGGGGGCAUUCCAUUUUCCCGGCAACACGCCUCGAUAUCUCGAAGAAUCCGCCAUCGGCGGCGGUGAUGUCGAGCUGCCGAUGCCUGCUGUCGGACAGAAUUAUGCAACGCAUGUCAGAAGAGGCAGCGUCGGUAAUCUGCAAGGAUGGGGAACGAAUUCGAGUCAUCAGAUUCAGAACAACGCUCCCCUCCCUGCCAACGACCUAGCACAAGCUCAGUACGAGCUGGCCGAGUUGAGCAAGUACCGCGCCACAGCCGGUCAUGCGAAAGUACCCUCGUUCAGUCAGGCGCAUUUCGGCAGUCCAGCACCUGCACCAUCGCACGGCUCGUCACAGCGCAAGUCGCUCUUUGCACCCUACCUGCCCCAGGCGUCCAUCCCGCCUCUGCUCGCGACCGGGAAGCUCGUCAUCGGUGUCCUCCGUGUCAAUAAGCGCAAUCGCUCGGAUGCAUAUGUUACUGCCGAGGGACUCGAGUCGGAUAUCUAUAUUUGCGGUUCAAAGGAUCGCAAUCGCGCACUGGAGUCUGAUACCGUCGCCGUCGAGCUGCUCGAUGUUGAUGAGGUCUGGGGCAGCAAAAAGGAAAAGGAGGACAAGAAGCGAAAGAAAGAAGAGGCAACGUCAUACGAUCCGCGCGCUGCUCAAACGAUGCGUCGUCACGAGAAAAAGAAGGAUGACGUCGAGGUAGAAGGACAAGGCUUGACGCUAUUCGAGGACGAUGAGGUAACAGACGAACAUAAGCCGACUUAUGCAGGCCACGUCGUCGCCGUUAUCUCCAGGCAGCCUGGUCAGCUCUUCUCUGGACAGCUCGGGCUCUUGCGACCCUCAUCUGCUGCGACGAAGGAGAAGCAAGACGCUGAGAAGCGCGAACGAGAUGGUAUAGAUGUUCGGGAUGAUCAUCGUCAGAAGGAGAAGCCCAAGAUCUGUUGGUUCAAGCCGACUGAUAAGCGCGUGCCUUUAGUCGCCAUCCCUGUCAGUGACGUUCCAGAAGACUUCUGCGCCAACCCUGAUGCCUACUCGUCUCGACUAUUUGUGGCCUGCAUCAAACGUUGGCCUAUUACCUCGCUUCAUCCCUUCGGCACACUCGUAAACGAACUCGGUCCAAUCGGUGAUAUCGAGACCGAGACGCAAGCCAUCCUCGCCGACAACAAUGUGGCCGCAGAGCCCUUUGCUGAAGUCGUGCUCAAAUGUCUGCCGCCUGUGCCUACCAUCUCGGAAGCAGAGUGUGAUGCUCGCAAAGACUAUCGUCAGGAGACAGUCUUCACGAUCGAUCCUAUUACAGCAAAAGAUCUGGACGACGCCGUUCACAUCCGUCAGCUCGAGGAUGGCAAUUUCGAGGUCGGUAUCCAUAUCGCCGAUGUGAGUCAUUACGUCAAGCCAAAUACUGCACUCGACCGCGAAGCCCGUAGACGAGCAACAUCUGUCUACCUGGUCCAGAAGGUCAUACCCAUGCUACCAGCUGCGCUCAGCGAGACUUUGUGCAGUCUCCGCGCAAACGAGGACAAGCUGACAUUCAGCGUCGUGCUCAACUUGACCCCCGAUGGCAAAGUGAUCAACACUUGGUUCGGCAAGACCGUCAUUCGCUCCUGCAGUCAGCUUGCCUACAGCUUCGCCCAAGAGGUCAUCGAAGGCCGUCCGCUGCCAGACGAUGCAAAGAUCUCCAAUGGCAAGUCUCGGAGCGAGGUUGAAGAGAGCAUCAGACUGCUCGAUACUCUUGCGCAAAAGCUCCGAGCUAGACGCUCAGAUCAGGGCUCGCUCCGUGUGGACAACAUCAAGCUCUACUUCGCGCUUGACGAUCGAGGCUCGCCGGUUGACUGCGACGCCAUUGUCAGACGCGCCUCGAACGAGCUUAUCGAGGAGUUCAUGCUGCUCGCCAAUACCUCAGUCGCAAUCAAGGUGGCAAAUGGUCUGCCUGAGCAAGCACUCUGUCGCCGCCAUGAAGGUCCAGUAGAGCGUCGCCUUACAGCCUUUGAGGCGAAAGUGGAGGCAAUGGGUCUUACGCUUGACACGAGCAGCGCUGGUGCACUGCAACGCAGCUUUGACGCCAUAAAAGACAAAGACGCUGCCAGUCAUUUGCUGACGCAACUGCUAGUCGUCAAGACCAUGAAGCAGGCCGAAUACUUUUGCACUGGUCUUCUCGACAUCUCUAAGUAUCUCCAUUAUGCACUCAACGUUGAGCUGUACACGCAUUUUACAUCGCCGAUCAGACGCUACGCCGACGUGCUCGUCCAUCGCCAGCUAGAAGCAGUCCUUUUGGGUGGUGAGCACAUCGCUCUUCUGUCAACAGCCGACAUCAAGUUUGGCGUCGAUGCAGAAGGCGUGGGCCAAAUUGCUCAACAAUGCAACGUCAAGCGAAGCGCGGCCAAAUCCGCACAAGAAGCCUCGCAGCAUCUCUACCUGUGCAUGCUGAUCUCGGAGCUCACGCAAAAGUACGGCCCAGUCGUCCGACCAGCUAACGUCGUCGCUGUCCUUGAUCAGGCGUUUGACGUCUUCGUGCCCGAGUUUGGCAUCGAGAAGCGUGUGCACAUCGAUCAGAUGCCUAUUGACAACCACGUGCACGAACCACGAGAGAAUUCGCUGACACUGUACUGGAAGCGAGGAGUAGAUGUCGUCAAAUGGCUGGCAGAACACUCUGCAGAUGCUCAUCUGCAGAUGCUCCGCGAUCAGGCAGCCUACCAUACGACGAAUAUGCAUGUCAGUAACGGCCAACGAUCAUCCGAGCACGAUCUGUUCGACGAAGACAGCAGUCAUGCUCAGCACAGCGAUCCAGCGACUGCGAUCGAUUCCCGACAGCAUGACAAGUCGCGCUCAGAGCAACGAUUCGUGUUCGACGCUCUCGAAGCUACUCCAUCCGGUCACUUUACCCAGACUGUGCGUGACCUUCAGGAGGUCCUCGUCAUCGUCACGGCCGACGUACAGAAGUCGCCACCGGUGAUCAAGGUAUGCAUUCUACUCUCGAAUCCGUGCAAAGGCUGA